AUGCACCCUUCAGGCGUAACAUGGAACUAUUCAACCACGGAGGGAUCUAUGUCAACACACCUCAUCCAAGAAAUUCCAGAGCUAAAUGAUCCCCCAAUGUCAUACCGAGACUACACCCUUCUCUCUCCAUACAUCUACUGGAAUGGGACAACAGGACCAGGAAUAGUUGUGAUAAACCAGAUUGAUCGGACCCAUUUUGCUGACGAAAUCCCCCCAGUGGCCCCAGUCUCUGCCGUGACUCAGGCUAUUUACGAACACUUCUUUCAUAUCGAUGCUCUACGCCAUGUCUACGUGAACAAUGUUGUGAACACAGGGACUAGGGAGUUGGUUCAAGGACAACUAUACACUCCCCCUCGGACCACAACGCGCUCCUACAUCCAUGGUCAAUUACCAGAUUGGGACCAGCGGAUUUGGAAUUAUGAGUCACCAGAGUACGAUGCUAUACUGGGCACGAGGAUUGGGAAGGUAGUGGCUUAUUUGGUACUUGGGGCUUUUGAGAGAGGUACGAGGAAGAUUUCCAGAAUUGUCACUUACUCGCUUCGGACGAGACCGAAGCAUUUUCUUCAUAUGCGCUUUGAUAUUGAGACCAUUCGAGGUUUCGAUGGUCAUGGUUGA